CGAACUUCAGACGACUAACAGACUAACAGACUGAACACUUCAACUCACAGUAGUUUACUGCGGUCUUGUUUUGUGCCUUUAGAAUAACGCGUUAUCUUACCGUAAUAUCAUCGAUGAAGAUUCAGAGUCUCCGUGACUUCAUGUUUGCGCAAGCUUAAGUAGCCUACUAGUGUGCUACUUCACCGUGAGCAACAAACACACGUAGAACAAUGAUUUUAGAGAGAAUACCUCCAAGAAUAUGCUCUUUAUUCAUGCUCAAGGCCACGCUGAGGCAGGCCCACUCCUCCUCGGUUCGGCCGCAGCCGGUGCCUCCGCUCCUCCAGACGCUGCAGCGCUACCUGACGGCCCUGGAGCCGCUCCUGCCGCCGGAGGAGCUGGAGCACACCCGCGGGAUCGUGCAGAAGUUCGGCUGCCCUGGAGGUCUGGGCGAAAACCUGCAAAGAGAGCUGAUUAAGAGAGCAAAGCACUCACACAACUGGAUUUCAGAUUGGUGGGUGCAGUGGGCGUACCUGGAGUGCAGGCAGCCCUUGGCAGUGCAUUCGAACCCUGCCAUCUCUUUGCCCAAACGUGACUUCACUGACUGGAGAGGCCAACUAGUGUUUGCAUCGAAGCUAAUUGCAGGAGUGCUGGACUUCAAAGCUCAGGUGGACAGUGGAAGGCUGGGGGUAGAGUACAUGCGCGGACAGCCGUUAUGUAUGGAAUUGUUUCCUCAGUUGUUCUCCUCCUGUCGAAUCCCAGGACCCAAACAUGACCAUGUGAUUCACUAUGGACGCCCACGCCGUGGCCCAGCUCACAUUACAGUGGUCAGGAACUACCAGUUUUUCCAGCUGGAUGUGUACAACAGUGAUGGGACACCAUUGACAGAAAGUCAGAUCCAUGCUCAGCUGUUGCGGAUCCGCUCUCAGUCGUGGAAAACAGAUAAGCAACCGAUGGGGAUUUUGACCAGCGAGCAUCGUCACACCUGGGGUCAGGCUUACACGCGCUUGCUCAGAGAUAAAAUCAAUAAAGAAUCUGUGAGGCUGAUAGAGAAAUCGAUCUUUACGUUGUGCUUGGACUCUCCGGUUAUGAGGAUUUCUGAUGAGAAGUAUUCUAGUCGAAUGGCAGCACAGAUUUUGCAUGGCGGUGGGACUUUCUCAAACAGCGGCAAUCGCUGGUUUGACAAGACGCUACAGUUUGUUGUUGGUGAGGAUGGGUCUUGGGGUCUCUUGUAUGAACAUGCGACAGCUGAAGGUCCACCUAUAGCCACGUUGUUGGAUCAUGUACUAGAUUACUGUAAGAAACCGGACCGAAUGCGAGCUCCUUUGAUUCCUCUGCCCAUGCCCAAGAAACUCUACUUCUACAUCAAUUCUGAGAUCAAAUGGGAUCUAGAGAUGGCCAAGCAGAACCUGGAUAUGUGGCGAUUCAGCUGGCCUACUACCGGUGAGGCUUGUAGAAAACGCUCUGGCAUCAUCCAGAAACGACAGAUGAUAAAAAGAGAAGCCAAGGUGCAGCUGCUGAGAGAGGCUGUUGAUGCGUACAGCAUCCUCACAGAGCAGUCGCUGAUGGGGCAGGGUAUAGACCGCCACUUGCUGGGUCUUAAACUUCAAGCCAUCGAGGAGGGACUGAGCGUGCCCCGAAUCUUCAUGGACACGGCCUAUGGACUUGCCACUCACUGGAAACUCCGAACAGGACAGGUGCCCGCCAACACAGACAGUGUGAUGUGUUUUGGACCGCUGGUUCCUGACGGCUAUGCAGUCUGUUACAAUCCACAGCAGGAUCACGUCCAUUUCUCCAUCACUGCCUUCAACUGCUGUGAGGAAACCAACGCGGAGAAGCUGGCUCUCACAUUGGAACGAUCGCUUCAUGAUCUCCAGGAGUUAUUUCAGCCCACAGUAUAGCACCGUCUAGACAUUCAGAAGUGGUUUUAACACUCUACUCCAGCAUUGCGGCAGCUUCAGGAACACAGCCUUUAAUAUGUGGUGAACAGAAUGUACUCCUGGAAGUGCCAGGCUUUGUUAAAUGAAUGGUCUUCAUGGAAGCUUGCAUGAAGUACAGCGCAUUUGAACACCUGAGAUGCAGAUGUAUGAUGGACCAUUUGCUAAUAAGAAAUACAUCUCUAUUUUUGGUAUUUUAAGAACAGCAAUGAAAGCUUAAACCAGUAAUCUAAUGUAAUACCAAACUUAAAGGCGUUUAAAAUAUGAAAUUAUCUCAUUUUGUGCAUUUGGGUCCCUCUACAGCAUGCAUGAGUUUCAAAUAAGUCUGAUUUUGUGUGACCUGUUACAUACCAGCAGUUUGACUUGAUGUACACUUCUUCCUCAUUAAAUGUGGGCUUUGUCAGGAAGUGACCAAAUAUUUAACUCACACAUUUAUAUAUUUGUGUGAAAUCACUGAUUGUGUUACAAAAUCAGUUAUUGUUACUAUUUAAAUAUAUGGGAGAUGUCUGUUGCUCAUUAUGUCCUGGAAAAAAAAAAAGUUUGUUUUCUGGUAAUAAAUUGAGUACAGUGGUAACAAAUGGGUUUUCUUGUAGAAACCUUUGCCAGAGUUCUCCAAAUGUCCCUCAUUCUGUUUGACUAUAUAAAGCAGUUAGGUUGUUUUGUUCUCAAGAAAGUUGCAAACCAUUUCAUAUGGAAGCAAUUACCACUUUCUCACGAGCUAUAUCUUCUGUCCAUAAUCAUGGCUCUAACCAUAACCAAAUACAAUUAUUAAACCCUUUCGAUUAUAAAUGUUGUGCUAACUGGUUUUGGUUCAGUAUUAAUGUUGAAGUGCUACCUACUGCAGUAUAGUAUAG